AUGGUUCAACAAGAAUUCUACCAGCUCCACCCUGUUGGGUACGAAACCCACCCAGAAGUAGAGGAGUUUCCUCUUUCGACAAUUGAUCUUACGUGCGUGUGCACAUAUAACCAGUAUGGCUUCGUUUUCAAGUUGGACGAGUCUACGGACAGGACUGCACUGGCACAAUUGGUCAGAAAAGGGCUUGAAGCUACGUUAGGACAGUGCCGGCAUCUGGUUGGCACAAUCGAGAAAAACGAGGCCGACGAAUAUGCCAUUGUCAAGAGGCGCAGCAGCGUGGUCCCCUUCGUAGUGCAGUGGAUGGAUGGUCCAGACUCUCAAGCCAAGUCGUUCGAGGAGAUGUCCCGGCUUCACUUUAGCGGAAAAGCAUUCGGGGAUAAAACGUACAUCGGUAUUGAGGGUAUGACCUUUGGUGCGCCUUGUCAUCUUGACAGCAGUCCGGCCGUGAGUGGUUUCAAGCUCAAUUUCAUUCCAGGAGGCAUGAUACUUUGUAUCCACCACCACCAUUAUACCGUUGACGUGAAGGGCACACAUAGCUUAAUCAUACAGUUGGCUGCAAACUGUAAAGCUAUGUUCGAGGGCACUUCACCGCCGUCCUGGGACGACGCAUUCAUGGACCGAUCCUUAUUCAUCACGCCGCCACCGCCCCUUGCGGACAGCGUUGAACCACCCCCAAUGCCACAAAAACACCCUGACCACAAGAGCUGUUACCAGUUGAUCUUUCACCUCGCCAAGAGCAAAGUGGCCGAAAUUAAGCGCAUGGCAACGCCGACAGAUGGAUCAUGGGUAUCGACGUACGAUGCCAUGAUUGCGCUGUGGUGGCGGAUAUCGACCCGAACACGACUGGAUUUCUAUCCCAAGACCAACCUCACCUCAAAGGCGCUGUUCUUUGAGGCCGUGACCAUGAGACACCGGCUCAGACCUCCAUUGCCUGAGCAGUUACAGGCGAAUUGUCUCAACAUCGGCCGCUCCACCCAACUAGAAGAACGGCAACAGCUCACCCUUGCUGAAGUCAUGUCUGACGAGGUCCCCUUGUCACGGCUGGCAAGCGAAGUCCGGGGCAUAACGGACAGCUCAAAUCCGGCAUUUCUGUUCGACAAUAUCAAGAAAGUCGCAAAUGUGCGAGACAAGGCAUCGCUCAUGUUCCGACUGGACUCGUUUGCGCCUCUAUCCUUCAUCGUGACUGAUUGGCGUAAUAGUCCAAUGUGUGAGGAUGACUGGGGUUUCGGCCGGCCAGCCGUCUUCCGGCAUCUGACUAACCAUGGUUUCGAGGCUGAAACCAUCAUGGUGGUCUCACCUCCUAGAACUGUCGAGGUUGACCCCGACGAAGGAUACGAGUUUUUGAUCCCGUUUGAGGAGCACGAUAUUGAAGGGAUUUUGAAAGAUCCCGAUGUUGUCAAAUACUUUGAUUACAGAGGUCUGCAGUAG